AAUGUCCGUCGGCGGGUUAGUGAGUGAGGAGGGAAGGAAGCCGGCGGGUUAGGUUGCACCGACAGGUUAGGUUGCAGCAGCAGUGCCUGUGCGAAUGGGCGGGCUCUAAGCCGCGGCCUGCUGUCACGUGACACGGUUUUAAUGUUUACAUUCGAGGCGGUGUUGGGGAUUCCUUGCCGGACGGGGUCCCGUUUCGCUUUCAUUUCCCGAGAGCAGGAGCAGCGGUGGCGGGCGGCGGGCCUAAUGCUGGCUUUGGCACACUGACAGAAACGAGGCCUGGGCGGGGGGUGGGAGACCCGCCUUAUCUGCCGCCCGUAACCAAGGCAUCGCGCGGACCCAACAUGGAGGAGCUGGCCGUGGAGGUGCGGGGCUCCAAUGGAGCCUUCUACAAGGCAUUUGUGAAGGAUGUACAUGAGGAUUCUAUAACUGUCACUUUUGAAAACAACUGGCAGCAAGAGAGACAAAUCCCAUUCCAUGAUGUAAGAUUUCCACCUCCAUCAGGGUAUAAUAAGGAUAUAAAUGAAAGUGAUGAGGUAGAGGUGUAUUCCAGAGCAAAUGAAAAAGAGCCAUGCUGCUGGUGGCUUGCUAAAGUUAGAAUGAUAAAGGGUGAGUUUUAUGUUAUAGAAUAUGCAGCUUGUGAUGCAACUUACAAUGAGAUAGUCACUAUAGAACGGCUGCGAUCUGUUAAUCCCAACAAGCCGGCAACAAAAAACUCAUUUCACAAGGUUAAACUGGACGUUCCAGAAGAUCUAAGGCAAAUGUGUGCAAAAGAUUCAGCGCAUAAAGAUUUUAAAAAGGCUGUUGGUGCAUUUUCAGUAUCGUACGAUUCAGAAAACUACCAGCUUGUCAUUCUGUCUGUUAAUGAAGUAACUAUAAAAAGGGCAAACAUGCUGAGUGACAUGCAUUUCCGAAGCCUUCGUACCAAACUGUCACUUAUGUUGAGAAAUGAAGAAGCCAGCAAACAGCUUGAAAGUUCUAGGCAGUUGGCAUCCAGAUUUCAUGAGCAGUUCAUAGUACGAGAAGAUCUGAUGGGGCUUGCUAUUGGUACUCAUGGUGCCAACAUACAGCAGGCUAGGAAGGUUCCUGGGGUAACUGCAAUUGAUCUUGAUGAAGACACAUGCACAUUUCAUAUUUAUGGAGAGGACCAAGAAGCUGUUAAGAAAGCCAGGACCUACCUGGAAUUUGCAGAAGAUGUUAUACAAGUCCCACGGAAUUUAGUAGGCAAAGUCAUUGGGAAAAAUGGAAAGCUCAUUCAGGAAAUUGUGGAUAAAUCUGGUGUUGUUCGAGUCCGAAUUGAAGCAGAAAAUGAUAAGAAUAUUUCCCCGGAAGAGGGUAUGGUUCCUUUUGUGUUUGUGGGGACAAAGGACAGCAUCACCAAUGCAACUGUUUUAUUGGAUUACCACCUUAAUUAUUUAAAGGAAGUGGACCAACUGCGCUUAGAACGGUUACAAAUUGAUGAGCAACUUCGACAAAUUGGAGCUAGCUCAAGGCCUCCACCUAAUCGGCCUGAUAAGGAGAAGGGAUAUCAGAGUGAAGACCUUAGUGGCACUGGGAGAGGAAGCAGACCUUACAAUAACAGAGGCCGCAGUCGAAGGGGCACAGGUUAUGCCUCUGGCACAAAUUCAGAAGCAUCAAAUGCCUCAGAGACAGAAUCAGACCACCGAGAUGAGCUCAGUGAUUGGUCAUUGGCUCCAGCUGAGGAUGACAGAGAUAAUUAUCAUCGAAGGGGGGAUGGACGCAGACGAGGGGGACCUCGAGGUCAAGGCAUGAGAGGUCGUGGAGGAUUUAAAGGAAACGAUGACCAACCACGACCGGACAACAGGCAACGCAAUUCAAGGGAGACAAAAGCAAGGACAUCAGAUGGCUCUUUACAGAUCCGUAUUGACUGCAAUAAUGAAAGGAGUGUACAUACUAAAACCCUGCAAAACGCAUCUGUUGAAGGCAGCCGACUGCGCACUGGCAAAGACCGCGUUCAAAAGAAAGAGAAGAGCGAAGUGGUGGACGGACCACAAGUGGUGGUUAAUGGCAUACCAUAACCCUAUAUGUUGCAAAUAAACCCUACAUAGUGCAAACAAAAUACCAAGAAAUACAAAAUUCUCAUUUCACAAUAGAGAAACCUGUUAGGCCAAAGACAAAUGGGCAAGACAAUGCAGGGCCUACAUGAAUUGCUCCUGUUAGCCUUAUUUUGUUAGUGUUGGCUGUAAGCAGUUUUCAGAACUCAGACAUUGGAAACCUAUUUGCAUUCAAUAUCAAAACCUUCGAGGCUUUCAAGUACAUAUUGCACUUGACUUAAAAAUUUAAAAAAGUAUUUUUUGUUUAAAAGAAAAAAAAAUAAAUUAAAAAAACUAAGCUGUGUGUUGGUAUACUUGUGUUCAGAAGUACCAUUUUCAGGCAGCUGAUAAAAAAGGAAAAAAAAAUCGCUAUAACUUUACAUAGUGAGCGCAUUAAUUCAGCCGGGCUUAUGUUUCAAGUUAUGCAUCAUGUCACGUCAUUCCUUGUUUCUAACCCACUCUACAGUAUCUUUAGUGGGACCUAAGGUUGUCUUAUGUAAUGAAUUAACUUUCAUUGGCAAAAAAAAGAAGAAAAAACAAAAUAAUUGUAUGAUCUGUGCCUUUUUUUUAUAUCUUGGCAGGUAGAGGUAUUGAUAUUUAUUCAAUCCAGGAUUAAGCAGAGAGAAGCCGGAAAUCAUUGUAAAUGUAACAUAUAUGUAGUAAAUCUUGCCAGACAUUAGAAAUUUUUAGGACAAUGCAUGCUUUCCAUAAAGUUUUACAUACAUAAACAUCAGCCACGGCUGCAAGGAAAAGAAUUAAAAAAUAAAAAAAAAAAAGGAAUACAGUAGAAUUUUGGUUUUGCACUGAAUCAUUAGUAAAUAAAUAGCUGUCACAUUAGUCAUGAGAGUUAUAGGUUUUUUCCUAGGCUGCAGGAGAUUAAAAGAUUUUUUUAGUUUUAAAGAGUUAUGUUUCUCGUCUCGGAUCGUGUACUUCAUUUACAAAUGGCCACUUCUUUGUCCUUUUUUUUAGGGGUUUUAAGGGUGAGAAUAAGGCUGGCACUGUUUUGUGUUUUAUGCAUCACUGAACAUCAUUCUUUGAUUCCUGUUUUUCUGAAUCCAGCUUGCUUUAGCUCCCGCUAUUCUGAGAGAGUACAAAUACUCAUGUACACUGGCCCCUAUUCUAUUCAGGCAUUGAUUGGAGUUCCUGCUAAUUAUAAAUAGCGCCUAAAGGGCUGAUUAGGCAUUGUCGGUGGUUGGCAUAAUUUCUCUAAACAGUGGCCAGUCCCGUCAGUUUAGUUUUAACUUGGAUUCCAACUGCAUUAUUAAGCUGGGAAUCCCCAAUGCAUGUGUGGAAGGAAGUAGAGCUGUAAGCGUCGGCCCCUGGUCCCCAAAGUUAAUCCUAGUAUCAGACAGAGAGAGGUUGGAAUCUUACUUUGUUUAUUUCAGGUAAAUUUUCAACUUAUUUCCUGCAAAAAAACUGUAUGAGCACAUCUUAUACGUUUUUAUGCAAUAGUCACUAGUGUAAGGCCCUUAUUACAGCAAUGUGCAAAUCAUCCUUUGUCCUGGUAUAUGUUGUUCGAACCAUAUUCAUUUGCUCUUUUCUUUUAUCCAUUCCCCCCUUCCUUCUCUUGCAUACGAGUGAAUAUCUAAAUCGGCUAAAAACUGCACACCAUUUCAAAGAAUCCUAUGAAAUGUCUUAAAAGUAUUGCCAAACACUAAUGUGGAUUUCUAGUUAUUUAUUUUGGGAAUGUAUAAUAGUAUUUGAGACAAACUGGUACCAUUCACACAUCUGUUUUGGUUUCAAACAUACUGUAGAUACUUAACCAAGGUAGACUAACCUUGUACUGCUCACGGGGCAAUAUCCUCUGUACAUAUUAGCUGCAACAGACUGGAUUUUAUGUUGACAUUUGUUUGGUUAUAGUGCAAUAUAUUUUGUAUGCAAGUUUCAAUAAAGUUUGAUCUUCCUCUGCUAACUGACGUGGGUUGAAUAUUUAGAAUUCUCUCCGAGCGCUACUACUCUGUCUUCAGUAUAACCCUGCAGUUAUUGGAAGGGAAUUAAUGGAGUCGUGCUACAAUGAUGUAUAAUUCUGAGAAAAACUUGUCAAAUGAAAAUGGUACAAAACCGCAUACAAAAAUACCUAUUUUCUGUUCCGAUUUCCACGUGAAACUGAUUUGUGUUGAAUCCGUUUCUGAAUGUGAUAUUUCAAAGAUUUUUUUUUUCUUAUUAAUGUUAUGAAUCUGUUAAACCCAUUUUUCUGUGUGUGCUAAACCUAUUUCUUGGGUGUAUUACAGAGUUAAAACUGUGAAAUAAAUUAUUUUAAGAGAAAACAAACAAAAAAAAAGCAUAACUGGGGCAAAUAAAACUGCGUGUGCUGCAUAGUAUAUUUUUCAUUGGCAAUAGAUAUUUAUAUGAUCAAAUAGUACUAAUGUGACAUUGGCACUACAAUGAAAGCACUGUUCCAAAAUAUUGUUUGCAAAAUUUUUUCAUUUUGUGUUUUAUCUAAAAAAUUAUAUAUUUUCCCUAAUAAACCUGGUGCUCUUA